GUUGUUCUCGCGAGAUUCAAACCUACCCAGCUCGCUAGUGCAAGAUGGAGAAGUGAAAUUUACACGCAUCUAAGGCUCUCAGAUUGUUUUAGGAGACCAGACAAAACAAUGCUAUGGAGGAGGAAAUGAUGGUGACACUAGUGAACCAAAGCAGUUUCUGGCAUUGUGAAUGAAACAUGCUGUUAAGUGGGUAUUGCCAAAUUACUUAACUGUGCAACAGAUAGAAGCUAUUGACAAUGAAGGUUGACAGAAGCAAGUUAAAGAAAACCCCCACUGAAGCUCCUGCGGACUGCAGGACGCUCAUAGAGAAGCUUAAGGGAUGCCGCGACGAGCAACUGCUGUUGGAGCUGCAGCACAUCAAGACCUGGAAUAUUGGCAAGUGUGAGCUGUACCACUGGGUGGACCUGCUGGACCGUUUCGAUGGUAUCCUGUGUGACGCGGGCCAGACGGUGGAAAACAUGUCCUGGCUGCUGGUGUGUGACCGGCCGGACAACGGGCAGCUCAAAGCCCUGCUGUUGGCCGUGCUCAACUUCACCGCCCUGCUCAUCGAGUACAGCUUCUCCAGGCACCUUUACAGCUCUAUAGAGCACUUGACCACCCUGUUAGCGUCAUGUGACAUGCAGGUGGUGCUGUCUGUGCUGAACCUCCUGUACGUGUUCAGUAAACGGUCCAACUACAUCACCAGACUGGGCUCUGACAAGAGGACCCCUCUGCUGGCACGCCUCCAACAUCUGGCUGAGAGUUGGGGAGGGAAGGAGAAUGGCUUCGGUCUGGCCGAGUGCUGCAGGGACCUGCCUAUGACGAAGUACCCUCCCAGUGCCACCACACUGCACUUUGAGUUCUAUGCUGAACCUGGCCCUGAGGUCAAAGUGGAGAGGAAGACCAGCAGUAACACAUUACACUACAUUCACAUCGAACAGCUCGACAAGAUCUCUGAGAGUCCCAGUGAGAUCAUGGAGUCACUUACAGUGAUGUAUAACAUCCCUAAAGACAAGCAGACCCUGCUGUUCACACACAUCAGACUGGCCCAUGGCUUCUCCAACCACAAGAAGAGACUGCAGGCCGUGCAGGCCAGGCUCCAUGCCAUCUCUAUACUGGUGUACUCCAAUGCACUCCAGGAGUCGGCCAACAGUAUUCUCUACAACGGCUUGAUAGAGGAGCUGGUAGAUGUGCUACAGAUUACAGACAAACAGCUUGUGGACAUAAAGGCAGCGUCUUUACGCACCUUAACAUCCAUAGUGCACCUGGAGAGGACGCCCAAGCUGUCCAACAUCAUCGACUGCACCGGCACAGCCUCCUACCAUGGCUUCCUGCCUGUGCUGGUGCGCAACUGCAUACAGGCCAUGAUCGACCCUCUGAUGGAGCCGUACCCACACCAGUUUGCCACUGCUUUGUUCUCCUUCCUCUACCACCUGGCCAGCUACGACGCUGGGGGGGAGGCCCUGGUCUCCUGUGGGAUGAUGGAAGCCCUGCUCAAGGUGAUCAAGUUCCUGGGGGACGAGCAGGACCAGAUCACGUUUGUCACUCGUGCAGUUCGAGUGGUGGACCUCAUUACCAACCUGGACAUGGCAGCCUUCCAGUCACAUACCGGCCUUACCAUCUUCAUCAGCAGGCUGGAGCAUGAGGUGGACCUGUCUAGAAAAGAGUGUCCUUUUGUCAUCAAGCCAAAGAUCCAGAGACCCAACUCUACAGUGGAAUCUGAGGACAUGGACACGGACAUGGAUGGCCAGUCAGAAAGCUUGUCAGAAGAGAGGAUGGAGAGCAGCCCUGGUCCCUCAACGUCCUCUGGCUCCAGACCUGAUACAGACCACCGAGCGCAGAGCAGCACUGCCAGCACACCCCGCACAGGCCUGCAGUGUAUUCCCCAGAGAGCAGCUCUGCUGAAGUCAAUGCUAAACUUCUUGAAGAAAGCCAUCCAGGACCCUGCCUUCUCUGAUGGCAUCCGUCACGUCAUGGACGGGUCUUUGCCUACCUCACUCAAGCACAUUAUCAGUAAUGCAGAGUACUAUGGACCUUCCCUUUUCCUACUGGCGACGGAGGUGGUGACAGUGUUUGUGUUCCAGGAGCCAUCUCUGCUCUCCUCCCUGCAGGAUAAUGGCUUGACUGACGUCAUGCUGCAUGCCCUGCUAAUCAAAGACGUCCCGGCUACCCGGGAGGUGCUUGGUUCUCUCCCUAACGUGUUCAGUGCCUUGUGCCUGAAUGCGCGAGGCCUGCACUCCUUCGUCCAAUGCCAGCCCUUUGAACGCCUUUUCAAGGUGCUGUUGUCACCUGACUACUUGCCUGCCAUGAGACGACGCCGCAGCUCUGACCCUCUGGGAGAUACAGCGUCCAACCUGGGCAGUGCUGUGGAUGAACUGAUGAGACACCAACCCACUCUGAAGACUGACGCCACUACUGCCAUCAUCAAGUUACUGGAGGAGAUCUGUAACCUGGGCCGAGCCCCGGAGUACAUCUGUCAGAAGCCCUCUAUCCAGAAGACGGACGGCACCGUGACCGCGCCCCCCGCACGCUCCUCCCACGCUGCCGAAGAGGCUUCCAGCGAAGAUGAGGAGGAAGAGGAGGCGCUCCAUACCUUCACCCAGCAGCAGGGGGAACCAGAGAACAACAGACAGGUUGUUGGCACUGAAGAGAGGAUACCGAUUCCUUUGAUGGAUUACAUUCUGAAUGUGAUGAAGUUUGUUGAGUCGAUCCUUAGUAACAACACGACAGACGACCACUGUCAGGAGUUUGUCAACCAGAAGGGUCUCCUGCCCCUGGUCUCCAUCCUGGGUCUGCCCAACCUGCCCAUCGACUUCCCCACAUCAGCUGCCUGCCAGGCUGUAGCCGGGGUCUGCAAGUCCAUACUGACGCUGUCCCAUGAACCCAAGGUGCUCCAGGAGGGGCUGUGUCAGCUGGACAGCAUCCUGUCGGCCCUCGAGCCGCUCCACCGCCCCAUCGAGGUCCCCGGGGGUUCCGUGCUGCUCCGAGAGCUUGCCACCGCCGGUCAUGUGACCGACGCCACGCUAUCGGCCCGCGCCACGCCACUGCUGCACGCGCUCACUGCCGCACACGCUUAUAUCCUGAUGUUCGUGCACACCUGUAGGGUAGGGCAGAGUGAGAUCAGGGCCAUCAGUGUGAACCAGUGGGGCUCCCAGCUGGGUUUGAGUGUUCUCAACAAGCUGAGCCAGCUCUACUGCUCUCUGGUCUGGGAGAGCACCGUGCUGCUGUCUCUCUGCACACCCAAUAGUCUCCCCCCAGGCUGUGAGUUCGGCCAAGUUGACAUGCAGAAGCUGGUUCCCAAGGAGGAGAAGCCAUCUGGCAGCACCACAGCCACCGCUUCUGCAUCUGGAUCCAGGAGAACUGCUGAGUCUGAGGCUGUUGCUGUGGACCCCUCUGCCACGUGUCUCCUAGAAGGGAUGGGGUUGGACGGGGACACGCUAGCCCCCAUGGAGACUGACGAGCCCAGCGCCGGCACCUCUGACCCCAAGACCAAGUCCAAACUAACCCCCGCCAUGGCCACUCGCAUCAAGCAGAUCAAACCCCUGCUCUCUGCGUCGUCUCGUCUGGGCCGGGCUCUGGCCGAGCUCUUUGGUCUUCUGGUGAAGCUGUGUGUGGGUUCUCCAGUCCGACAGCGCCGCUCUCACCACGCCACCAGCACCGGCACAGCCCCCACCCCCGCCGCCCGGGCCACCGCCUCCUCCCUCACCAAGCUGCUCACCAAGGGCCUCAGCUGGCAGCCCCCGCCGUACACCCCUACCCCUCGUUUCAGGCUGACUUUCUUCAUCUGCUCGGUGGGCUUCACGUCCCCCAUGCUGUUUGACGAGAGGAAGUACCCCUACCACCUCAUGCUGCAGAAGUUCUUCUGCUCCGGAGGACACAACGCACUCUUUGAGACAUUUAACUGGGCCCUUUCUAUGGGUGGUAAGGUGCCUGUCUCUGAGGGCCUGGAGCAUGCAGAGCUGCCAGACGGGACAGGGGAGUUCUUGGAUGCCUGGCUGAUGCUGGUGGAGAAGAUGGUGAACCCCAGUACUGUGCUGGACUCACCCCACAGCCUGCCUGUCAAGGUUCCCGGGGUCACCCCCACCACCCCACAGUUCAGUGCCCUGCGAUUCCUCAUAGUCACUCAGAAGGCAGCGUUCAGCUGCAUCUGCAGCCUGUGGAACAGAAAGCCCCUUAAAGUCUACGGGGGCCGCAUGGCUGAGUCCAUGUUAGCUAUACUGUGCCACAUCCUGAGAGGAGAACCUGUCAUCCAGGAGCGCCUCGCCAAGGAGAGGGAGGGCACGGCCCGUCCAGAGGAGGAGGGAGGUCUUGGAGCCUCUACGCUGCCUGUAGGCCCCAGUUCUGGAGGCACAGGUGGAUCAGCAGGGGCCCCUGGAGCAGCAGUAAAUGCAGGAGAGGGCCCUGCCGGGUCAGUUCCAGGACCAGCCAUUGGAAGCAGUACAGCACCACCUGCACCAGGGGGUGCAGCAGAGGACUCCACUAACACUACUCCCAGGAGAGAGCCACCGGUUAACCAGGCUCAGCUACAGCAGGCUCAGGGAGGAGGCAGGGAGAGGCAGCAAAAUGUCAACCAGCAGCAGCUACAGCAGCUGAUGGACAUGGGUUUCUCCAGAGAGCAUGCCAUGGAGGCCCUGGUGAACACCAGCACCAUGGAGCAGGCCACAGAGUACCUGCUCACACACCCUCCUCCUCUACUCAGCGGAGCCGUCAGGGACAUGACCAUGUCAGAGGAGGACCAGAUGAUGAGAGCCAUCGCCAUGUCUCUGGGACAAGAGGUCAGCAUGGAACAGCGCUCUGAUUCGCCCGAGGAGGCGGCGCGUCAUCGCGAGGAGGACGAUAGGAGAGCCAGGGAGCGUACGGAGGAGGAGGAGGCUCGCUGCCUGGAGAGGUUCCUGGAGGCCGAGCCCCUGGACAGUACAGAGCUCCACGCCUUCACUGACUCCAUGCUGCCCGGCUGCUUCCACCUGCUGGACGAGCUGCCAGACACCGUCUAUCGCCUCUGUGACUUGCUCAUGACCGCCAUCAAGAGGAGUGGUCCCGAGUACAGGGACCUCAUCUUACGACAGGUGGUCAACCAGGUGUGGGAGGCAGCAGACGUGCUCAUCAAGGCAGCAAUACCCCUGACCACCAGUGACACCAAGACUGUGUCCGAGUGGACCAGACAGAUGGCUACCCUGCCCCAGGCCUCCAACCUGGCAACACGCAUCCUGCUGCUCACACUGCUCUUUGAGGAGUUGAAGCUGUCGUGUGCCAGGGUGGUGGAGAACAGUGGGAUCCUCAAUGUGCUCAUCAAGCUGCUAGAAGUAGUGCAGCCCUGUCUGCAGGCUGCCAAGGAGCAGAAGGACAUCCAGACGCCCAAGUGGAUCACUCCAGUGCUGCUGAUCAUUGACUUCUAUGAGAAAAUGGCUGUUUCAUCCAAACGCAGAGCACAGAUGAACAAGUACCUGCAGCCCAACGGUAAUAACUGGCGUUGGUUCGACGACCGGUCGGGUCGCUGGUGCAGCUACUCGGCCUCUAACAACGGCACUAUAGACUCAGCCUGGAGGGCCGGGGAGAGCAGCGUCCGAUUCACCGCGGGACGCAGGAGAUAUACCGUACAGUUCAACACCAUGGUCCAGGUGAAUGAGGAGACUGGUAACCGUCGUCCGGUGAUGCUGACGGUCCAGAGAGUGCCUCGCGUUCCUAAACCUGCCAAAACUGGCAGCAUGACGGACUCUGAGAAGGAGGAGGGGGACAGGGGCAAGGCAGAGGAGACACAGACAGACCCAGACUCUGCCCCAGUAGCUGUGGAGAUGAGUGCUCCUAAAGAUGACAACAAUACCCCUCAACUAAAGGAGUCCUUCUCUGGUCCUUCUGCUCCUCCUGCCCCCCCUCCUGCAGCCCCCAUGGACCCCACGUCUGAACGCACCGGGGCAGGAGGAGCCAUCGUGGUGCAGGGCCUGACAGAGGACAUGACCACGGUGCUCAUCAGAGCCUGUGUAUCCAUGAUCAGUGUCCCCGUGGACCCAGACACCCUCCACGCCACACUAAGGCUGUGCCUGCGCCUGACGAGAACCCACCACUACGCCAUGAUGUUUGCCGAGCUAAAGAGUACCAGGAUGAUCUUGGGGCUGACGCAGGGGUCGGGGUUCAACGGCUUCACGCCGCUCGUCACCCUGCUGUUCAGACACAUCAUCGAGGACCCUGCCACGUUACGACACACCAUGGAGAAGGUGGUGCGGUCAGCAGUGACCAGUGGGGCGGGCAGCACCACGUCAGGUGUGGUAUCAGGCUCUCUGGGCUCCAGAGAGAUUAACUACAUCCUGCGCGUUCUGGGCCCGGCCGCCUGCCGGAACCCAGACUGCUUCGCAGACACGGCCAACAGCUGCGUCCGCAUCGCCCUACCGGCACCCCGCGGCGCUGGUACGGCGUCAGAUGAUGAGUUUGAGAACCUGCGUAUCAAGGGGCCCAACGCGGUGCAGCUGGUGAAGACCACCCCUCUCAAACUGUCUCCGCUGCCCCCCAUCCCUGACACCAUCAAAGAGGUCAUCUAUGACAUGCUCAACGCCCUGGCCGCCUACCACGCACCUGAAGAGGCUGAGCGUCCAGAGGAGCCUGCUGUAGCGGUGCCCGUGGGGCAGGACCUGUGUCAGAUACUCCAGGAUGAUGAUGUCUACCAGCAGUACAGACUCACCAGACAGGGCAGUGACUUCGACUCACAGUCCGCUUUCCACAUUAACGCCCAGGUGUUUACUGCAGAUGGUGCUGUGGCUGAUUCCUCUCAGUCUGGCACGCCCCAGGGAGAAGCCUCUACUCCAGAGGAAAUGCGUGAGGAGAAAAAGGAGGUGGAGGGUGAGAACGGAGCCAGCUCAGAGGAGGGUAAGGGGGCCAAGGCUAAGGCCUCCAAGCCCCUGAUGCCCACCUCCACCAUCCUGCGUCUCCUGGCAGAGCUGGUCAGGUCCUAUGUGGGCAUCGCCACCCUCAUAGCAUCCUACUGCUACACGGCCGGACAGUCUGAACUCAUCAAGGAGGACUGUAGUGUCUUAGCCUUUGUGCUGGACCACCUGUUGCCCCACACCCAGAGCUCUGAGGAUAAGGACACCCCUGCCCUGGCACGUCUCUUCCUGGCCAGCUUGGCAGCCGCCGGCACAGGCACCGACGCACAGGUGGCUCUGGUCAACGAGGUGAAGGCCGCACUCAGCCGGGCGCUGGCCAUGGCAGAGGGCACGGAGAAACACGCCAGGCUCCAGGCAGUGAUGUGUAUCAUCAGCACCAUCAUGGAGUCGUGUCCAUCCACCUCUAGUUUCUACAGCACGGCGGCAGCCAAAACGCAGCACAACGGCAUGAACAACAUCAUACGUCUCUUCCUCAAGAAGGGAUUGGUUAACGACCUGGCUAGAGUACCACACAGCCUCGACCUGUCCAGUCCUAACAUGGCCAACACGGUGAAUGCAGCUCUGAAACCCCUGGAGACUCUGUCCCGUAUCGUCAACCAGCCCAGUAGCCUGUUUGGAGGGAAGGGGGGAUCCAGCAAGAACAAGGCUGAGCACGACACUGUGGGAGCCGCCAGGGACUCAAACAGCAACACACAAGGUGACUCGGGUGAGGUUGAGGGGACUCUGGUUGAGGGCAGUCACAGGGUCCAAGGGACAGACAGUGACCUGAUGGAUGGAGAGACGGAGGGAGACACAGUGGUCAUCGCUGGACAGCCGGAGGUGCUCAGCACCACAGCCAUGCAGGUAGAGAACGAGCUGGUGGAUCUGAUCGACGAGCUGUUGGAGAGAGAUGCCGGCGCCGUCAACAGCUCCAUUAUCGUGGGGCGUGGUAGCGGUGAGGACGAAUCACAGGAGGACGUGUUGAUGGAUGAGGCGCCAUCCAAUAUCAGUCAGGCUUCUACUCUACAGACCAACAGAGAAGACUCUAUGAACAUCCUGGAGCCUGAGGAUGAGGAGCACACGCAGGAGGAAGACUCCAGCGGCAGCAAUGAUGAUGAAGACAGCCAAGAUGAAGAGGAGGAGGAAGAAGAGGAAGAGGAGGAGGACCAGGAUGAUGAAGAAGGUGAUGAGGAUGACGAUGAUGAAGGGUCGGAGAUGGAGCUGGAUGAAGAUUUCCCAGACAUCAACGCUGCGCCACACAUCCGUUUCGAGAGGUUUGACCGCGACGAUGAUCUAAUAAUUGAGUUUGACAACAUGUUCUCCACCACAGCUGACAUCCCUCCCUCCCCAGGCAACAUCCCCAGCUCCCACCCCCUGAUGGUGCGUCACGCCGACCACGGCUCCUUAACGCUGGGCGGAGCGGGCACCAACAACCGUCUAGCGCAAGGCAUGGGUCGCAGCCAGAGAACGCUACGCCAGCUCACCGCCAACACGGGCCACACGAUACACGUCCACUACCCCGGGAACAGACAGCCCAACCCCCCACUCAUCCUGCAGAGACUGCUGGGUCCCAGUGCUGCAGCAGACAUCCUGCAGCUGUCUAGCUCUCUGCCACUGCAGUCCCGCGGCCGUGCCCGACUCCUGGUGGGCAACGAGGACGUGCACAUCAUCGCCCGAUCUGACGACGAGCUACUGGACGACUUCUUCCACGAGCAGAGCAGCACCGGAGGACAAGCAGGCACUCUGUCCAGUAUCCCCACUGCCUUAACCCGAUGGACUGAUGAGUGUAAAGUGCUGGAUGCUGAGAGCAUGCACGACUGUGUCGCAGUGGUGAAGAUACCUAUCCUGCAGCACCUGGAGACUCUGAGAGACGAGGAGCUAGAGGAGAGGAGGGAAAAAAGACGGAGACAGCUGGCUGAGGAAGAGGAGGCCAAGCAGAAUGACAGAAGGACAGGAGGAGAGGAGACCAGGGAACAGAGUCUACAGGGCUCAGGACUGGGGACGGUCAACGGUGCUGCUGGAGAGACCACUGCUGAAGGUGAGCCCCAGGGCAGUGGGGUGUCCUGUCUGGAUCCCCCAGGGUCUCAGAAGGCUUCCUCACCGCGCCCCCUUCAGGAGAGGUCACCCCCACCACCCCAGCCCCCCACGAACAGGCCCUGGUCUCCCUGGAGACUGCCAUCAGCCAGCAGGUCCACCAGCCAAUCGCAGAUCUGCUCCUGGCCGAGUCGCACGCCAAUUCCCUCCCUGAGUCCAGACAUCGUGGAGACCUCUGAGCCUGCAGCGGUGGGCGUGUCACAAUUGGAAGGGUCUCCCAUGGAUACCAGUAGCCCCGCCUCUGCCACACAGGAAGAGCCCAACCCUGCCCAGGCUGUCCAUCUGUCUCAGGAGCUGUCUGGGAGUGGAGACAGCGGGCUGACGGACACGCACACAGACGCAGAGACCGGCUCCACCACUGUCUCCCCCCCUGGAGAGACCAUGCCCCUGAGUGAUCGUGCCAACAGCCAAUCCCAGGCCAUCCAGGAGGAGCCACUCCCAUCCACCAGCAAUGAGGAUGAGGACCCACUGGCAGGCAUCAGUUUACCAGAGGGUGUAGACCCGUCCUUCUUGGCUGCUCUUCCAGAGGACAUCCGUCGUGAGGUGCUCCAGAACCAGCUGGGUAUCCGACCCCCGGCAAGACCUCCUGCCUCCUCCACCCUCCCCUCCACCACCACACCAGUACUAGGAGGACCCGGGGUCACGGAGGUCAGCCCUGAGUUCCUGGCUGCCCUGCCACCCGCCAUACAGGAAGAGGUGCUAGCGCAGCAGAGGGCAGAGCAGCAGCGCAGAGAGCUCUCCCAGCAACCCACGCAGGGCGACACUCCCCUGGACCCUGUCACCUUCAUCCAGACCCUCCCCUCGGAGCUGCGUCGCUCCGUCCUGGAAGAUAUGGAGGACAGCGUGCUGGCAGUGAUGCCCCCGGACAUCGCCGCCGAGGCAGCCGCGCUGCGCCGCGAGCAGGAGGCUCGCCAGAGACAGCUGAUGCACGAGAGGCUAUUUGGCCAUAGUUCAAGCUCAGCCCUGUCGGCCAUCUUGAGGUCGCCUGCGUUUACCAGCCGCCUGGGGGGCAACCGAGGAGUACAGUACACCCGCCUAGCCGUGCAGAGAGGAGGGACCUUCCAGAUGGGAGGAGGGGCCAACCACAGCAGGCCGUCUAGUUCAAGUGUGGACUCUCUGCUGCGUCUGCGUGGUCGUCUGCUCCUGGACCACGAGGCCUUGUCCUGUCUCCUGGUCCUCCUCUUCGUAGACGAACCCAAACUCAACACCAGCCGCCUGCACCGCGUGCUCCGCAACCUGUGCUACCACUCCCAGACGCGUGGUUGGGUCAUCCGCAGUCUCCUCUCCAUCCUGCAGCGCAGCAGCGAGAGUGAGGUGUGUGUCGAGACCACCCGCCUGGAAGAUGCCAGAGGCAAGCGGACUGCCGGUGGUCAGGGAGGUUACGGAGGGAGUAAAGGAUCUACGCCCACAGCUACCUCCUCCUCUUCCUCCUCCUCUCUGGAGUUGAUCAACAGGGUGGAGUCUCGUAGCUCCUCCCAGCUCUCUUGGCUGUCCGUUUCUAUGGACGCGGCUCUAGGCUGUCGCACAAACAUUUUCCAGAUCCAACGGGCGUCGGGGCGGAAGCACGCUGACCGGCACUCUGCAGGAGGGUCGACUGUACACAUCCACCCCCAAGCCGCCCCGGUGGUCUGUCGACACGUACUGGAUACUCUUAUCCAACUGGCCAAGGUGUUCCCCAGUCACUUCACCCAGCAGCGCUGUAAGGACCUGCUCUCCUCCUCCACCUCUGAUCUGGAUUCCCGUCUGUGUGCUGCUGCCUCCAUCUCCCUGGGCAUCUCCACCGACUUCUGGGACCUGCUGGUGAAACUGGACAACAUGAAUGUGUCGAGGAAAGGCAAGGCCUCCAUGAAGACUGUUCCCCUAGGUGCAGGAGGGGAGGCCGAGGGGGCUCAGUACAGCCUGGAGGCCUCUCCGCUGGGCCAGCUGAUGAAUAUGCUGUCCCACCCAGUGAUACGACGCUCCUCCCUGCUGACUGAGAAGCUGCUGCGUCUCCUGUCCCUCAUCUCCAUUGCCUUGCCUGAUAAUAAGGCUACUGAAGUCCCAGCUGGACACCCGACGCCGCAGUCUACCACCGCCGGAGCUGGCAAUCCCGGCACUGCCACCAGUGCAGCAGCAACAGCCUCAGCCUCUGCUCAGGGGACCACUGUCGGGGUGGUAGUUCCAGCUCAGGGUUCAUCUUCCACAGCUAUAGUGUCCAUACCCACCUCUACUGGAGCCAGCGCAACCGGGAAGCAUCGAGCAACAGUGCUCUGUAUUGAAAGUGACACCAAGCUUGCCUCCACUGGACUCACUGAGAAACAACUGCAGCUCUCUGUUGAGGUGCUGACCAGUCACUCGUGUUCAGAGGAGGGUCUGGAGGAUGCAGCCAACAUCCUGCUCCAGCUGUCCAGAGGAGACGGAACCACCAGAGACACCGUACUGCGUCUGUUGCUGAGUGGAGCUAGACACCUCGGAUACACACUUUGCAAACAGAUUGGCACGUUAUUGGCCGAGCUGCGGGAGUACAACCUAGAGCAGCAGAGGAGAGCCCGUGCUGACGCCCAGUCACCUGACGCCCCUGCCGAGGACACCUCCAUCUCCGCCAGGCUGAAGGCCGGCAAGCUCUCUAGCAGGUUCGACGGCUCUGAGAGCGUAGUGAUUGUGGCUGCCCAGAAGCGUACGCUGGGCGGACGGGAGCUGCAGCUGCCCUGCAUGUCUUCCCUGACCUCAAAGACGUCCACCCAGAAGUUCUUCCUGCGGGUCCUGCAGGUCAUCAUCCAGCUCCGUGAGGACACGCGCCGCGCCAACAAGAAGGCCAAGCAGACCGGACGACUUGGCUCUACCGGUCUGGGCUCCGCCAGCAGCAUCCAGGCGGCAGUCCGUCAGCUAGAAGCCGAGGCUGAUGCCAUCAUUCAGAUGGUGAGAGAGGGGCAGCGGGCACGCCGUCUGCAGCAGGCCCCCCCGCCCUCCGCCUCUGUCGUCGUCAGCACCUCCGGAUCCUCUGUGGCCGCCCCUCAUGCCCCCGCUGCUGCCCCCGGCACGGCGAGCGCUGCCACGUCAGAGGUGGGGUCAGUGUCUGAGCCCCAGGCAGUCCAGAGGGAUGAUUCUCCCAUGGAUGUAGACCAGCCCUCUCCCCUGGAGCAGGACCCUGCACCCCUGGAUGAAGAAGGCAACAGCCAAUCAGAGACAGAGGAGCGUCUCCCGGACCUUCCCCUGUUGAGCGAGCAGCUGCUAUUGGACGAGUUGUGGGACAUGCUCGGGGAGUGCCUGAAGGAACUGGAGGAGUCACAUGAUCAACACGCUGUUUUGGUCCUUCAGCCGGCGGUAGAGGCCUUCUUCCUGGUCCAUGCCACAGAGCGGGAGAGCAAGCCCCCUGUCAGAGACACCAGGGAGAGCCAGCUGUCCCACAUCAAAGACGAGCCUCCCCCACUGUCCCCCGCACCCCUCACCCCUGCCACCCCCUCCUCUCUGGACCCCUUCUUCUCUAGAGAACCCUCCUCCAUGCACAUCUCCUCCAACCUGCCUCCCGACACACAGAAGUUCCUCCGCUUCGCUGAGACUCACCGUACAGUGCUUAACCAGAUUCUGCGCCAGUCCACCACCCACCUGGCCGACGGACCCUUCGCUGUGCUGGUUGACUACAUCCGCAUCCUCGAUUUUGACGUCAAGAGGAAGUACUUUCGUCAGGAGCUGGAGCGUCUGGAUGAGGGUCUGAGGAAGGAGGAUAUGGCUGUCCACGUCAGGAGAGAUCACGUGUUUGAAGACUCCUACAGAGAGCUGCACCGCAAGAGUCCCGAGGACAUGAAGAACAGGCUGUACAUAGUGUUUGAAGGGGAGGAGGGUCAGGAUGCAGGAGGUCUGCUGAGAGAGUGGUACAUGAUCAUCUCCAGGGAGAUGUUUAACGCCAUGUACGCCCUGUUCUCGCCCGGCGACAGGGUCAUCACCAUUAACCCCUCGUCCCACUGCAACCCAAACCACCUCAGCUACUUCAAGUUUAGGUCCCUGGUCACAUCCUGGGCAAGAGUGUCAGGUAACACACACACACACUACUUCACACACAGCUUCUACAAGCACAUCCUGGGCAAGAGUGUCAGGUACACAGACAUGGAGAGUGAGGACUACCCGUUCUUCCAGGGUCUGGUCUACCUGCUGGAGAAUAAUGUGUCUACUCUGGGCUAUGAGCUGACAUUCAGCACUGAGGUCCAGGAGUUUGGUGUGUGUGAGGUACGUGACCUGAAGCCUAACGGAGGCAACAUCAUUGUCACCGAGGAGAACAAGAAGGAGUACGUCCACCUGGUUUGUCAGAUGAAGAUGACUGGUGCCAUCCGUAAGCAGCUGUCUGCCUACCUGGAGGGUUUCUACGAGAUCAUCCCCAAGAGGCUGAUCUCCAUCUUCACAGAGCAGGAGCUGGAGCUGGAACUGCUGAUAUCUGGCCUUCAGCCCACUAUAGAUAUAGUACCAGUCCACCUCAAGGCCAACACCGAGUACCACAAGUACCAGUCCAGCUCCAUACAGAUCCAGUGGUUCUGGCGGGCCCUGCGUUCCUUCGACCAGGCGGACAGAGCCAAGUUCCUGCAGUUUGUGACGGGCACGUCCAAGGUUCCUCUGCAGGGCUUCGCAGCGCUGGAGGGCAUGAACGGAAUACAGAAGUUCCAGAUCCACCGCGACGACCGCUCCACCGACCGCCUACCGUCCGCUCACACCUGCUUCAACCAGCUGGACCUCCCAGCCUACGAGAGCUAUGAGAAGCUGAGGCACAUGCUGCUGCUGGCCAUUCAGGAAUGCUCCGAGGGAUUCGGACUGGCUUAGACCCACCCACACAGAGACUCAACACACACACACACAUACAAACACAAUUUAGACUUGCAUACUCUGACAGAUUCAAGCUGAUGACACACAGACACAUUGUCACACACACACUCGCACUGUCAGACAUUACUGGAUGACUGGAAAAAUGGCCUCUAGACAUACAACUGGUUCCUAAUCCAUAUAAAGAAACAGACGGACCAGCAGCGCGGUAUGAUUAACUGACUGACUGAUAUUACCUACUACACACAGAGCCUCAUGUCAAUAGACACAGACCUGUGCCUGGUAUGUCUCCCUCCCCUUCCACAUUAGAAUGGCAGAAACCUGAGAGGGUGUAUUGAGGAUAAAAACCUGGACUAAUAUAAGACAUUUUCUCCAUUUAGUUUGAUUUCUCUGUACAAAAGGUUUGGGAGUUUAUUUUUCUUUGUUGUUCUUCUCUGGCUGUGUAAAAAGGAGAAGGUUGUUUGUGUGUGAGAACAGGAUGGUUAUAAAACCUUUGGGGAAAAAAUGUUGGCUGUUUCUUUUUGCGAAUUUGUGACCUCAUACGCCUUGAGGGGGGGUUGACAUUUUUAUGGGGAAGAAGGAGAAAGAGAGAGAGAGAAAAAACACGUUUUGAAGAAAUUCAAAGAAAUGCACUUUUCAAAGUUUUGUGGCAUUUUUAAGGAAGGAAAACAAAUGAGAACAAGAAAGGAAAGGAGAUGAAAUUAACCACAAAUUCUAGAGUAUUUUUGGCUAUUAAAUCGCUGACCCCGCCUUGAGCCUUUGAAUCAGAGUGAAAUAACUACAUGAAUAAAUGCAUAAAAUGGA